CCCUUUGGUUUCAUUCUUCAUGGGCAAGCCAUGCUGAAGCCAUGCUGUGUGCUCGAAACGACUGGCGGUGAGAGAUAAAACCUGCUCACCUCAUAACAGGACACAGAGAAAAGCCAAAGUGUGAUGUCUGUGGAAAGGCCUUUUAGUCAGACAUGUCGACUACAGAGUCAUCUCCGAACUCGUUCAGGAGUGAAGCCCUAUCAAUGUGAUAUCUGUGGCAAGGGGUUCAGUCAUUCAGAAAGCCUACAGAUACACAUCAGAAUACAUACUGGAGAGAAGCCUUACAAAUGUGAUAUCUGUCAUAAGGCGUUCAGUCCUGCAGCUAGUCUACAGAGACACAUCAGAACACAUACUGGAGUGAAGCCCUAUCAAUGUGAUAUCUGUGGCAAGGGGUUCAGUCAUUCAGAAAGCCUACAGACACACCUCAGAAUACAUACUGGAGAGAAGCCUUACAAAUGUGAUAUCUGUCAUAAGGCAUUCAGUCCUGCAGCUAGUCUACAGAGACACAUCAGAACACAUACUGGAGAGAAGCCAUACAAAUGUGAUAUCUGUUGUAAGGCGUUCAGUCAUUCAGAAAGCCUACAGACACACCUCAGAACACAUACUGGAGAGAAGCCUUACAAAUGUGAUAUCUGUUGUAAGGCGUUCAGUCAUUCAGGAAGCCUACAGACACACCUCAGGACACAUACUGGAGAGAAGUCAUACAAAUGUGAUAUCUGUUGUAAGGCAUUCAGUCGUUCAGGAAGCCUACGGUCACACCUAAGGACACAUACUGGAGAGAAGCCAUACAAAUGUGAUAUUUGUUAUAAGGCGUUCAGUCAUUCAGGAAGCCUACAGACACACCUCAGGACACAUACUGGAGAGAAGCCAUACAAAUGUGAUAUCUGUUGUAAGGCAUUCAGUUGUUCAGGAAGCCUACGGUCACACCUAAGGACACAUACUGGAGAGAAGCCAUACAAAUGUGAUAUCUGUCAUAAGGCGUUCAGUCAAGCACUUAAUCUACAGACACACCUCAGGACACAUACUGGAGAGAAGCCAUACAAAUGUGAUAUCUGUCGUAAGGCGUUCAGUCAAGCAGGAAGCCUACAGACACACCUCAGGACACAUACUGGAGAGAAGCCAUACAAAUGUGAUAUCUGUUGUAAGGCAUUCAGUCGUUCAGAAAGCCUACAGACACACCUCAGGACACAUACUGGAGAGAAGCCAUACAAAUGUAAUAUCUGUUGUAAGGCAUUCAGUCGUCACUUAAGCCUACAGACACACCUCAGGACACAUACUGGAGAGAAGCCAUACAAAUGUGAUAUCUGUUGUAAGGCAUUCAGUCGUUCAGGAAGCCUACCGUCACACCUAAGGACACAUACUGGAGAGAAGCCAUACAAAUGUGAUAUGUGUUAUAAGGCGUUCAGUCAAGCAGAUAAUCUACAGACACACCUCAGGACACAUACUGGAGAGAAGCCAUACAAAUGUGAUAUCUGUUGUAAGGCGUUCAGUCAAGCAGGAAGCUUACGGAGACACAUCAGGACACAUACUGGAGAGAAGCCAUACAAAUGUGAUAUAUGUUGUAAGGCGUUCGACAAGCAAAUUAGUCUACAGACACACCUCAGGACACAUACUUGAGAGAAGCCAUACAAAUGUGAUAUCUGUAGGAAGACGUCCAUUCAAGUAGGGAACCUACGGUCACACCUCGGGACACAUACUGGAGAGUAGUCAAACAAAUGUAGUGUCAGUAGCAAGGAAUUUUUUUUGGCAUGUUUCCUAAAGAAAAACCUCAGGAGACAUACUGGAGAGAAUUAAACCAAACAUAAUAACAUAUUUCUGUGGUAGGAUAUUUAGUUAGAAAAAUUACAUAUAGGGGACACCUCAGAUAUACAGGGAAACUAGGUCUGUUUUAAAGAUUGGUCUGAGAAACUCUGUGCCCAUUGGGAUGGCUAAAUAAAAAAAAAUUCCGUAAUC